CGGUGACGUCACGCGUCGACACUCCCUUUUCCCCCAGUAGAGGGAGAAAGAUGGCGCCCAUACACGUACUGAGAUGCUGUCAACGGUUUCUAGCAUGGAUACCUGUGAUUUUUAUCGCCCUGGUCGUCUGCUGGUCCUAUUACGCUUACGUGGUGGAGCUUUGUAUAUUCACCAUCCCGAGUAUAGGAGAGAAGAUUGUCUACCUGAUCUUCUUCCAUCUCUCCUUCGUCAUGUUUGUAUGGUCUUACUGGAAGACCAUCUUCACCAAGCCUGCCAACCCCUCCAAAGAGUUCUGCCUGCCCAAGGCUGAGAAGGAGCGUUAUGAGAAGGAAGAGAGGCCAGAGUCCCAGCAAGAGAUCCUGUGGAGGGUCGCCACCAGUCUGCCUCUAUACACCCGCACAGGAGCCGGAGCAAUCCGUUACUGUGACCGCUGUCAAGUAAUCAAGCCAGACCGGUGCCAUCACUGCUCCGCGUGCGACAUGUGUGUGCUGAAGAUGGACCACCAUUGUCCCUGGGUGAACAACUGUGUGGGAUUCUCCAACUACAAGUUUUUCAUCCUCUUCCUGGCCUACUCGCUGGUGUACUGUUUGUUCAUUGCAGCCACCGUGCUGCAGUAUUUCAUAAAGUUCUGGACACUUUGCCGGAGGAAAUCGGCAGAGAACUGCCCAAAGAACGAACUGCCAGACACUCACGCCAAGUUCCACGUCUUGUUCCUUUUUUUUGUGGCAGCCAUGUUCUGCAUCAGUAUUCUGUCCCUCUUCAGCUACCACCUUUGGCUUGUAGGAAAGAACAGGUCCACUAUAGAGGCGUUCAGAGCUCCAGUCUUUAGGACAGGCUCUGAUAAGAACGGCUUCUCUCUGGGUUUCCGGAAGAAUAUCGCUCAGGUCUUUGGAGACCAGAAGAAAUACUGGCUGCUGCCCAUUUUCACCAGUCAGGGAGAUGGUCUGACAUUCCCCACACGGCUGGUCAACGCUGAUGUAGAGCAGGCCACGGUCACACUGGAACCGGAGCCCAAUAAAAGUGUCACUGAUGUCCCCGUGAGCCCCCUCAGCGAGUCACAGAAUCGUCUCCUGAGCAACGACCAGCACGCCAACAGUAUCGGGGACCAUCUGGCUAACAACACCCUCGAAUCAGCUGACAGUGAAACCAUUACAAUCUCCAUGGAGAGCAAGUCCUAACCAGGAGAAACUCCUCAGUCAUCUAAUACGAUGCCUUAAGCAACGCAACAGUUCAGUUUGUCACCAUGGCAACAGUGCAACCUCAUCCCCACAGACUCAUUCAGAGUAACUAUGGAAAUGCAUUUCUUUUGCCCAUCGCAGUACAGUUAAUGCAUCUAUGACACUGGCAUUUUUGGCAUGCAGAUCUCACCACCCCCCCCUCACAGGACAAACUAGUCCACUCACACACCAACACACAGACACGCUAACAGUCACACAUCCAACACUCUCCGCAUAUUUCAUUGUGUUGUUGUUGUUAAGCUUCUUUUUUUUUCUUUUUUUUUUGUCUCGCCACUUGGGCAUUCACUGAUGACGAGAAAAGUGACGAAUCCUGGAAGAGAAUAUGAGCUGCUUUUGGUGUUUUUGUUCUUUUUUAGAUGAGAAUACUUUUUGGUGCCAAAAGCUUCCUGGUUGCACCGGGACUUGUUUUUUUUGUUUUCUUUUGUUUUUUAAGGCACAAAGCUGGAGUGAAGAGUGGGGGAUAAGCUGGAGCAGUGUGUUUUUUGUUUUGAACAUUUAUCUUGUGUUUUUUAGAAAGGCAGUACAUCCCAUGGAAAUGGAUUAGUUUACCUGCGUGACCUUUUUUUUUGUCUCUUUCUUUUUAACUCAUAAAUAUUGGAGCUCAUCUGUGGUCCGCACCCUUUCCGGUGGGUGUUUCCCAACAAAAUCCGGUGGACUACCACUGUUCAGUGGACUGAACCGGUGCGACACAGGUGAAGACUGUAGCUGGGUUUUGGAUGGCGUUUUGGAUAUCAGAGCACAAGAUGGCACAUUUGCACUUUGUAGAUUAAUCAAUGUCCAUCAAACAAUGUGCUGCUUUAAAAAAAAAAAAAAAAUCAAGUCCAAAAAGCAUCCCAGGUAUAACGGAUGUUGAAUGAUCAAGUGAUUCAUGGCGUAUUGUUUGUGUGUGUGAAUGUGUUUCACAGUUACAAUGGCAGUCUUUUUUUUCUAACAAAUUAAAAGAAUUGGCUUUAUGUGUUUUGUGGCCAACUCGUGUUAAAUCAUGCUGCUUAUAAACAGACAGUAUGACCUGGGAUGUAUUUCACACAGUGCAAUGUGCGGCACCGGCCACUACCUGUUCUUUUAGACUCAGUUAAUUAUGUCAUAUGCCGAUCAGUGAUUCAUAGCCCAUCACGACUUCAUCCUGUUUUUUCUACAGCUUCAACCUUUACUAACACACCAACACUCAUUGCCAAAUAAGGGCUGACCUGUCAGAAGCUCUGACCUCUGAAGUGUUUACAGCAUCCUAGCUUUAUCUUCACGGGCCAAUGUCAUCGUAACCAAAUUCUUUUUACAAGUCGUCGUGGCGCAAUGUUUUAUACAAGGUUCAUCUGUCCCUCCUGCCUGUUGUGGGCCAUGAUGUCCUUGCAAUACCAGUGCUGGCCAACAUGUGGCGACAGUGCACCUGUUAUCUGCCCUCACAGAUGGAGAUUUUUCUGAACUUCAUCGACUUGUGGCUCAGGGCUCAGUUCACUUUCAGUCUAAUUUGCAGGUGCAGCUUUCCUCAGAAUUCAAUAUUUUCAUAAUAUGUCAUUAAUAUGCAUUCUUUCCCUGUGAUAAUAUUCAUAUUUAAUUUGAAAUGAAAGUGAAUUGAACCCAUCUGAUCUACUGUAAAAUAGAGGUGUCGACUACAGCUUCUGCUCACUUUGUCUACUCAGUAUGUACUUCGGAAGUCGGCUCAGUGUUGUGACCUACUGAACUGUUAAAGGCGCCUCAGCGAACUGUCUCGCGUCUGUGUUGAACAUCUGGGAUGAGAAUUAGAUUUUAUGACUCAUGCAUAUCACAAUAUAUGAAUAUCUAUAGAAGAGUGGACUGUUUUGUCGGUUUAACCAAAUAACAAUUGUUCAGGAAUGAGUUAACACCCUUUUCCCAGGAAUUUUGUUAUUUAUAUGCAACUUUCCGAUACACAUUGGAGGAGAACCAGCAAAUUCCUGAUGUCUGACAUUGCUCUACUUGAUUACAUCCCUGACUGUUGCUGGAUGAGCCUCUUACUAAGUAAAUCCCACCAGACUCCUGUGAUGUUUACAGCUGUUUCUAUCGUGUAGAGUGAGUUAGUGGUGUUUGUACGGUGUGUUUCUUGGUAAUCGUUGUCACAGUCGUGCUGGACGUACCACAGACGGGACAGUGAGGGCAUUUGAUCGAAAUGACGGAGCAUUUAAAAAAAAAAAAAACAGCCUGCUCUUUGAACUUUAUGUUUACGUUUUAUCCUACCAAUCAUGUUUGACCUUUUUGAGCCCAAGUGUAUUUAUAAUUACUCUUUACAAACAGGUGAUUGGAGGAUACUGUGUUAAUUAUGGUGGCUAAAUCUCAGAAUCGCACUGUGGUUUGAUCUCAUGAUAGCAGGUUAAAUUACUUUCAGAGAUCAUGAUUCAAGCCAAGGUUGUGUUCUGGUCAUCUGUAGAUCUUUUUUUAAACCUCACACCUAAAGGUCCAGUGUGUAAAGUUUAAGGGGAUCUAUUGACAUAAAUAUAUAUAACUAUGUUUUCAUUCAUGUAUAAUCACCUGCAAAUAAAAAUCAUUUUGUUUUUGUUACCUUAGACUGAGUCAUUUAAUAACUACAGACUUCAUGAGUUAUAAAACCGCUGUAGCUUCUCCUUUAUGCUGUAUUCCGUUGGUUGCAAUAUUCAACUUCACCACUAGAUGCCACUAAAUUCUACACACUGACCUUUAAACAUUUCGUCAAAGGAAAAAGACAAAAAAAUAUAUAUAUCUAUCUUGGUAAGGAGCCUGGCUCGUUCCACUUGUCACUUACGGCCACUGAUUCUGAAACAUUGGACCUGUCGUCUUGUUGUUUUACAAAUUGCCUAUAUUCUCUCUGGGCAGUUUGGCCUCGAGACUAAAGUGCGCGUGUGUAUUUUGUAAUGCUUAAUUGAGUGUUCUUUUGUAAUAUUGUCGUCUUGGGAGAAAUGCUUCUGUGCAGCCGUGAGAUUUUUACAUGUCUGUGUACAUUCAUAACGUCUGACUAAUGCUCAAAAGCAUGGCGCCUAACUUCUGUAAAAAUGUGUAUAACCAUGUUGACGGGGGAUUCUGGCGUUAAAACAGACAUUGGGGUUUUUCAACUAUUGCUAGGUGCGUCAUGUUUUAAAUUAGCUUUACUCUGGUUUGUCACAACUUUAUAAAUGAAGCCAUAAAAACUCCUGAAAAAUGGAGGAAGGAUCUAAAAAAUUUCUUUCUUUUUUUUGACUGACAAUUUUACAUCUGUAUUCACAUUGCAGAUGUAGCCUAUCAUAACUUGCUUAUUGCUACAUUUUGGUUUCUUUUUGUUACAAUGUCCUAUUUUACAAUGUGUGUAUAUAUAUUGAUAAUGUAUGAAGAAGACUACAUAUAUAUUUUUCUUGUCUGAUUAAUUUUACUGUUCCUAUUUUGUGAAUGAAGUACAUGCCUCCACACAAUUAACGUGAAAAUAACAAUAAAUGUUUUUUUAAACCUCCAA